AUGUCGAAAUCAGAGGUCGGCUAUGCCGACAACAUCCACAGCGCAUCAUCACCCUCAUCCGGAUCAGCCGAUAACAACAUGACCAACAUCUCAACAGGCGGUGAUAUGGAAAAAGUCAUGGUCCCCGUCGAGGACAUGUCGAACCUGGACGAGAGCGGCUUGAAGCGCGACCUUCGUCUCCGCCAUAUGGUCAUGAUUGCCAUCUCAGGCACUAUUGGAACGGGACUCUUCUUGACCUCCGGAAAGACCAUUGCUACGGCAGGACCUCUUGGAGCCCUCAUGGCAUACGUCGUGAUCGGAAUAUGGCUGGUGUUCGUGUGCCAGGCCAUUGGCGAAAUUGCAACGCUGCUUCCUCUUCCUGGUGCCUUUACUGCAUGGGGUGCCCGAGUGUUUGACGAGGCCUUCUCCUUCCAAAUGACUUACCUUUAUUUGCUUAACUGGUUAUUGACAGUGCCAGCUGAGCUGUCUGCAUCGUCGCUCAUCGUCUCGUUCUGGCUCCACGAGGGCUCCUCGUUCCCGACCUGGGUGGUCCCCGUCAUUAUUAUCAUCGUCUUGGUCAUCAUCAACCUUCUCGGUGUGCAAGUGUAUGGUGAGGUCGAGUACUGGUUCUCGAUCCUCAAAGUCGUCACCAUCAUUGUCUUCAUCAUCUGCGGAAUCUUGGUCGACUCGGGCGCAGUCGGUGGACACGUCUACGGCGUCUCGAACUGGCAUAUCGAGGGCGCACCCUUCAAAGGCGGCUUCCGCGCCUUCCUCUCUGUCCUUGUCUCUGUCGGCUUCGCCUACGGUGGCACAGAGCUCUCCGGUGUCACUGCUGCCGAAUCCAGGAACCCUCACAAGCACGUUCCCAAGGCCGUCAACACCGUCCUGGUUCGCAUCGCAUUCUUCUACAUCCUCUCCAUCUUCUUCCUCGCCAGCAUCGUCCCCAACGACGACCCCAGACUCGCCAACACUGACGGCACUGUCCUCAACGCUCCCUUCACCAUCGUCUUCUUGAAGGCCGGUAUGACCGGCGGCGCCAGCUACAUGAACGCCGUCAUCUUCACCUCUGUCGUCUCAGCUGCCAACUCUGACUUCUACGUCGCCACCAGGAUGUUGAUGUCCCUCUCCAGAAACGGAUGGGCCCCCCGCUUCGUCGGCCGAACCAACAGUCGUGGAGUCCCAAUCAUCGCCGUCGCCAUCACUACCGCCUUCUCCUGCAUCGCCCUUGUCAUGAUCUACGCUGGUGCCUCAACCGUCUUUGACUGGCUCGUCUCCAUCAUCGGCUCCAUCAUCUUCCUCAUCUGGUGCUCCAUCCUCUUCCUCCACUUCCGCUUCCGCGUCUGCUGGAAGGCCCAAGGAAACACCCCUGAAGACCUGCCCUACAAGUCCUGGGGAUACCCUUACGGCCACUAUAUCGCCUCGAUCAUCGGAGCCGGAUGUGUCAUCGCAAGCUUCUACCUCUCCAUCGCCUCCAAGCCCGACGUUGGAACGUUUGCAGGCGGCAGUAUGGAUCCUACGUACAUUGCUGCCAGGAACAAGUGGGCUCAGGGACUCUUGGGCGCUUGGUUUCCUUGGGUCCUUGCUAUCACUCUUUACUUUGGAUGGAAAUUUGGCAAGGGCACCAAGAUCGUCAACCCUGCAGAGGCUGAUCUCGAUACCGGACGAUGGAUCCCUACACCAAAGACCCUCGAGGAGGAAAACAAACCCAUCCCUGCUUGGAAGAGAUUCCUCUCCAAGUUUAUCUAA